AACAAACAGAAGAUAUCUCAAUCCCAAACGCGUUCUUCCUUCGCUUGCCUUGCCCGGUUUCUUUUUCUUGGCUAAUUGCUUUAAUCACAGUAAAAUAUUCAAUGGACUACGAUUUCAGGAACAGAACAACAGGGUCAUCGUACGAUUCACAAACCCCUAUGUACAGAACAACCUCAUCAUCGACUCCGUCGGGCCACCCUAUGUACGGACAGUCUCUCUAUCCGAGAAUCGGUCAACAACAAGGCCACACUCCGGUGCCUCCUGUAGGCCGUCACUCAUCUUAUCACCAAUCCUCUGCUCCUCCGCCCUCUUCUUCAGGAUUAGGUAUUCGAGUUUCUGUGAAGCCAGAAUACCGGAUCACUCCUCCGCCUCAAUUGGCACCACAAAUGGGAGAUAUUCCACGAAGCAACUUUCAGUUUCAUUUCGAUCUUGAGAGAAGAAUUUUAGCCGAAGCAGAGAAGGAUAUUCAGAAUUGGAGCAAGCUUGGCUUGGAAAAUCUUCCAUCUAAAACGACUGAAUCAACUUCUUCAUUGGGUUCAGCUGCAGAUCCUGUUGUGAGCAAAUACAUCGCUUCAGGACUCAAUCGAGAAGCCGUUCCUCUUGCAGUUGCAAACUAUGGAGACAAUCCUACCAAGGUUCGAGAAUUUGUCAAUGGCUUCUCUCUUCUAAGAGAAAUGGGAUUUUCGGCCAACAACGUAGCUGAAGCUUUACUAAUGUAUGACAAUGACACAGACAAGGCGUUGACUCAUUUCCUUAACAGCUCAUCCUGAACAUUCCAGAAAUAGAUGGCUAUAUGUGAUACUGGCAAAGUGAUGGCAUACAAUGGUUACAUUUUUGCUAUGUGUGCAAGGAUCUGUUAUUGUAUAAACAAAAUCAACCAACUCUUCUUUACAUUUAGUUAUAAUAUAUAUAAUUUGUAAGAUUUUUGUGCUUUCUAAAAAAAAAAAAACCUUUAUAAAAUCAUGCAUUUAUGAUUUAUAUUUUGGAGAUUUUAUGGGUAUUUUUCAGACUCUGUUUUCUGUAUCAAACUUGAGGUUGAAUUGAGCUGAGCUGUGCUUCGCAGGUUUAUACACUGCUGAUUCAUUGAA